GUAGAGCUCGAGCUCAGAAACAGUCUGGACAAAGCAUCACCAUGCGGCCUCUGUACGUUGCGUUGGCCAUCGCCAUUGCUCAUGCGUCGUUCGUUUUUUUCCCUGCCUCGGCGAAGGCACAGCACAAGCUUCAGCGUAACUUGACUGAUACGUUCGAGCUGUUCGACAAGUUCCCUUACGUUGUGCUGGUGUACAGUUCAGGCGACGAUCCGGAAUUUCAAUGCCUGACGAACAAGCGAACUGAAUUGGACAUGAUCGCUAAGAAAGCCACGUACGUCUGGAUGUUCAAAGGCCAUAACGGCAGCGAGAGAAAAAAUCUUGCUUUGCAUUUAUCGGCGGGCGACGCACCGGACAAGGCAGUCUUUACCUUCAAUAAUGACACCGAACACGCCAUGGUUGCCCACUUCGUGUACACGGACUAUAAAGACUGCGUCAUUGUGGAGAUUCCCUACCACGGAGACCAAUGCCAGCUUUGGGUUGCAAAGGAAGUGAAAGAAAACGUUCCUCAGCACUGCUUGGAUCAUCUCGAAGAUAUUUGUGAUGUAUCUGAGGAAGAGUACUCGAAAGAGCUUUGCCAGAAUGACGUGGACGACCUUUGAAGGGCGAAGAGAAAGAAAGCACUGUGUCCGGCUACUGUGCUUGGAUAUGCGCAAAUAUUUCUCGUAAAUAAAAGCGCUAUGCAUCUCUGAUUC